GUGGCGCAGGACAGAAACACGGUACAGUCAAAGAAACCCUGUCAAGUAAAGACGUUUUCCUUGCAUUAACGAGCCACUGACAAAUAACCCGAGCUGUCUCCUGUCGGGGAGGACAGGCGCUGACGGUCUCCGGUGACUCUUUAUUCCCAGCAGCUGUUCGGUGACCAGCCUUAUUCCGCAUACAGCAGCAGAUGAAAGAAGCAAUGCCUGAAAAACAUGUCUCUCAAAGAAGAUAGUGAAGGGAAAAGGAGCUCUCACCACAGUCAGUUGUACACCAGCAUCCCUCGAACAUGUAUGCCCAUUGUGUACCACCCAGACUACAACAUCACCUUCAUGGGCCUUGAAAAGCUCCAUCCAUUUGAUGCAGGGAAGUGGGGGAAAGUCAUUCACUUCUUGAAAGAGGAGAAGUUCAUCACUGAUGGGAGCAUCGUGGAAGCCCUCGAAGCUACUGAAGAGGAUCUGUUGGUGGUUCACACCAAACGUUACCUCAACAGAUUAAAGUGGUCUCUGGUGGUGGCCACAAUCACAGAAAUCCCACCUCUCCUGUUUCUGCCUAAUUUCCUGGUGCAGCGGAAGGUGUUGAGGCCUUUGCGGACUCAGACUGGAGGAACAAUAAUGGCAGGAAAACUAGCUGUUGACCGAGGAUGGGCUAUUAAUGUAGGAGGAGGCUUCCACCACUGCUCCAGCGACAGAGGAGGGGGCUUUUGUGCCUAUGCAGACAUCACAUUGGCCAUCAAGUUUCUGUUUGAGAGAGUGGAAGGCAUCUCCAGGGCUACCAUCAUCGAUCUGGAUGCUCAUCAGGGAAAUGGACACGAGCGUGACUUCUUGGAUGACAGGCGAGUGUUCAUCAUGGAUAUGUAUAAUCGCUACAUCUAUCCUGGGGACGGAUACGCCAAAAGAGCCAUAAAGAGGAAGGUGGAGCUGGACUGGGGCACUGAAGACUCAGAGUACCUUCAGAAGGUAGAGCUCCACUCUGAGGGAGCGCUGAACGAGGUCCGACCUGACAUCAUCGUCUACAACGCAGGGACUGACAUCUUGGAUGGGGACCCCCUGGGAGGACUCUCCAUAUCACCACAGGGCAUUGUAAAAAGAGAUGAGAUUGUGUUCAGGGCUGCGAGGCGACGAGACAUCCCCAUACUCAUGGUGACAUCCGGCGGAUACCAGAAGAAAACAGCUCGCAUCAUCGCCGACUCCAUCCUCAACUUGCACCAGCAGGGCCUGAUUGGAGCAGAGGCUCUGGAGGGGGAGGGAUCAUCGUCACUGCUAACCAGCAUGAUGUGCAGCUCUGGAUCUGUUGGAUCAAAAUUCACUGCUGUCUGAGGGGGUCGACACUCACAGGCGAGUCGUCGACAGCUGUGACAUGUACAGGCGCUCAGCUGACUUUAUAUUGCGCAGUAAGCGUGUGACAUCAGCGCUGAUCUGAUCUGCUGCUGUCACACAGAGGUGUGAUCAUUUGAAGUUUCUGACAGGGGGCUUGUUGGCAAGGAAGCUGACGGAAAGUUUAGCAUUUUUUAUGGCGGUGACUCAAAGGAAAUAAUCACUCAAAGAGAAAAAUUGUACUGAAACAGUAGUGCUCUCCUCCUGCCUACAGCUGAUUUCAUGAGCUCUCAUAUGCCACAAAAAGAGUCGUUUAAUUUUUCAUUUGUUGGAGAAUGAUUGGUUUUAUGUUGGAUGUAUGUUCAGAGCAGCGUUUUAGAGAGGUAUUCUUUCAUCUCAGGAAAUGUAAUAAUGUCAUCUGUGGCAGAUAUGAUAUAUUAAUAAUUCAUGAAAUAACAAAGGGGUUUGAUGUUCUUACAGAUACAUGGGACGUUUAUGAAUUAUCCUCCAUCUCCUCCAUCUCUGUUAAUGGUUGCAGAGGUAAAACAAGACAAUUUCACACACUAUCACACACACUGUAGUCUAAUGCUGAGGUUUAACCUUACAGAAGAUAAUGUCUUCUUCAUUCCUCAUUAGCAUUUGGUUUCAUCAUUUCUGGUAUAAACUGCUGUUUUUCUCUAAAUAAUAUUGUAAUCAUUAUAGCAGUGAUGCUUUCAUUAAUCAAGUUCAGCUACUGACGGGUUUUUGUACUUAAUGCUUUAUAGCCACUCAAUCGUUGCAGUUAAUGUUUACAGGGAGCCUAAUAUGUUUUUACUGUGGACACUGAAGUGUUUUGCCUCUUAAGUCGUGACGAAUUUGAAACACUAAAACGUGACCGUGAGCACUUUAACUGGUGUAUGGUGAAAAAGUACCAUUCCUAAACUCCUGAAAAUCAAUGUUCUUGUCGCAGUGUGUGCCUGUGGUCUGCAGAUCAAAGCCCAAAAACUGAAAAGAGUUCAGUGAUUUAUAAGCGGGUCUGUACAGUGGAGCUGUUCACGAGUUUUAUGUCUGAUUGGUUCGCUGUAGUCAGACACCCAGAACUCCUCUAAUGAUGUUUACACAUGCAGUAGUGGUGUCAAAGGAGACAAAAUAGAUCUUUAAAAAUAUUAUAUCAAUAUGAUUAAUGCAGCGGCUGGAACAUAGCACAGCUUCCAAAAGACAUGAAUUACUAAUAAUGUCUCUUAAUGCUAAUGUACAGCAUCAAAAGGUACCUUUGCAUGUUAGUGCUUCCAAUGAAGUUAGAACUUACUAUUCAAAUUUCCAUUAAAGGAUUAUUCUGGUCUAAUUACCAAGUCAGCUGUGGAGAUCUGGGAACAUGGUGACCAUGGCUAAAAAAAAGUCCUAUGGGGCAGGAAACACAUGUGGUCAGAUGAUGGGUUGUUUUAAACAAGCCUGUUUCCAGACCUCUGAAUCACUGCCUACGUCUCUGAGGUGUUCAGUGAUUCAUGUAGGUCUGCUGAUGUGCCAAUAACUGCCUCUUUCCCCCUGUUGAAGAAAUCAUCAUCAUCGUCAGAGAUUCACAGGUGAGAUUUAGAAAGGGCAUCACUUCUUCUUACGUACAGUCCAAGAAAAAUAGCAGCAGGACAGUGGCAACAACCAUGCCUGAGAUUGGUGCAGAUUGUUGUAAGUCAUCUUACAGGCAUAGUGUUACAUCUGCAGGAUGUCACUCUUGGCUAGGGCAAACAGGACUUUGCUGAUAUGGACACCAUGUCAGGCUGAAUGAAUGAAGUGAAACAGAAUGGCAGUUCAGUCUGAUUAUCAGGCUUCAACCCCAAUGAACAAGAAGAAAAUUAUUACCCAAAUUCUGCACAGGAAACAUUGUUCACAGGUUGCAGUCCAGCUUUUUCCUGACAUUUUAGGUGCUUUCAACCUUCAUUUAUAACCCGUCUGACUGCCGAGGAUUCAGACGUGUCACCGUGUCUCCAGAUCUCAGCAGUUACUGUGGUGAAUUCUCUACAAAGUCAUCAGUCAGACUGAUAGAAAUGAUAGAAAGGUUGUAAUAACACUCCAUCUAGUGCUUCAUCCAACUUUAAUGGCCACUGGGUAAAAUCAUGUCAAUUUCUGCCACCAGAAGGUUUUUUUUUUUUUUUUUGCAGGAGGACAUAACUGUGAAUUUUAAAGGCACAUUCCUCUAUGUCUGUGCCCAACUUUGUGAUGAAGGUCCAAUAACACACCUUACAUCAAAAUCUUGUCCGACAUAGCUUAAACCAAGCUAACUGACAUCCAGGCAACAACCAGGGGGAGCACAGUAGCUGCAGAAGGAUGGAUGGUUGCACACAUGUUCAUACUUGGGAAUUGCACAGUACACCAAGCCAUGUGCAGUGCUGCUGGCUUGUGAUGAACUCGGCUGUGGAAUGCAGGAACGCGUAGACAUCAGAUCUGAUACAUCCUGCAGUCCUGAAUGAGUGUUUGGAAAGCUCAGGGAGAAGAGUUCAGCUAGACAAAGCUGUUGACCAAAUUGGAAGAGAUGUUAAUGUUACUGUGAAUGUGGCCAAAGGGUAGUUUUCAUAAUAAAACCACACCCUCUGUGGACUUUGUCUGCCACUGCAUCGGGUGUGUCUUGCAGCCGAGUGGACCUGAAGUGGCAGCUAGCACGUGCUGUUGUAAUGAUUUUCCAAUGCAUUUUCACAUUCAUUAAAAACAACAUUCAAAAGUUAAGACUGGAGCACAGAGUCAUGAUCAUUUGAAGGAUUAAAAGGCUUAUCUGUGAAUAACAUGAAAAGCAGUGUCCGGGUGCUUAUCCAGGAAGCUGUUUGGACACAUUCAUAAUGAAACCGUGAAAGGUGGGCCAUACUAGCAGUGUCAGUGCUAAUUAGCUGAAGCCUUUGAUCUGGUGUGCUGCUUUUGAGUGCAGUUGAAAGGUUUAGUGCAGUCUACCUUUAAUUAGGACUCAGAAUAUAUCACUUAUAGUAUGAAGGCCUGUCCUUAAAACCCGAUGCAAUCCCAGAUUCUAGCUCAUCAGAUCCUCUCUGGCCAGGAUUUUAUUCUUUUGAGUGGAUUGAGUGUUGUGUGCCAAAAAUAACACUGAAGUCGUUAAAUUGUACUGUAUGCUUCUGGGUGUGUUUGUGGUUUGUGCUGACACUGAAAACUACUAUGCAUUCAUAAUAAUAUUGAAU